UUUGUACGACCGACUGACUGACAGGACAGAUCUAUCUUCAAUGACGUUUCUUCAUUUGUUGUGAAUGUGAUUUUUAAAUGAAAGAAUGUCUUUAAGAAAAGUUCUUUUUCUAACAAGAACUGCAUGUUGUAGAAUUGCAGAUAUACGUUCAAACAAUUUUUCUAGGCAGAAAAUAUGGUUACUCACCACGAACUCGCCCAGAUUAUACGCAACCGAAAAUAUAGACAAAACCAAAGAAGCAAAGGUUGAGAAACCAGACAUUUUGGGAAGAUUUUUCCCUCAGAGUCCUUUAACUGCCGAUGAUGCUCAAGCCAUCAAGAAGGAACAAGAAUCCUUUGAGAAAGAGAAUAAAGAAAAGUCAGAAGAAAAUGAGAAGAGUUGGAGAAGGAUGAAGAUGGGUUUUGCUGUGUUUGGUGGUGCUCUAACAGUCAUGGGUGGCUGUUUAGUGGUUGAGAUGGGCGCACCACGUCGCGGGGACAACGGAGAAUUAAUCGAGGAUGAGUUCUCACACAUGCCCGUAGUCCUCCAGUACUUACGACGCACAUGGAAAGAACUCACAUUCUAUGAGAAGAUGAUAAAAGAGCCAUCACGUGAGAAACUGCUGCCAGACCCGCUGCCGCCGCCGUACCAGCCCACCUACACACUAGUUCUUGAGUUCACUGAUGUCCUGGUACAUCCUGACUGGUCCUACCAGACUGGCUGGAGGUUCAAGAAGCGUCCAGGUGUCGACCAGUUCUUGCAGACAGUGGCCAGUUCUAACUAUGAAGUGGUGAUCUUUACCUCGGAGAACGCGUUCAUGAUCUGGCCGGUUCUAGACAAGCUGGACCCAGAGAACAAGUUCAUCACAUACAGACUUUUCAGAGACUCAACGCAUUUCAUUGACGGCGUUCACGUAAAGAACCUUGAAGGACUCAAUCGGGAUCUUUCCAAGGUUAUAGUGAUCGACUGGAACAAGGCAGCUACGAAGUUCCACCCGCAGAACUCGCUAAUCCUAAAGAAGUGGAAGGGCGCGGACGACGACACAGCGCUCCUAGACCUCGCGAACUUACUGCAGACGAUAGCGAUGUCAGACGUAAUCGACGUGCGCGAGGUGUUGACGUACUACAGCCAGUUCGACGACCCCAUCGCGGCCUUCCGCGAGAACCAGCGCAAGCUGAUGGAGCAGCUCGAGGAGAAGGAGCGCGAGAACAAGGGGCCGGACCAGCCACUCACCAGAAACUGGCUGCGGACUUUCACAAGGCGUUAGGACAUUUGAGGUAUACAUACCCCUUUUAGUAAACUCUGAAUAUCAACUUUUAAUCGGACUAUAUCACUGUCUAAUGUUGGACUUCCGUCUAUAUUCAUUUGUGGUCUGGGGAAGUUUCAGUACCGAUACAAGUCUUCAAUCUGAGUCUCUUUUGAAAAAUGAGGUUUUAUUCGUCUCUGAAAACGCGCUGGUAGUCAUAAGUUUGACCUUUUAUAUUAAAAUGCAAUAACCAUAGAAAUCAUGAAUGUUAAUAUCUAUGUAUAGAAUAGUUUAAAUACAUUUUAAUUUGAUGUUUAUAAGGUAUUUAGCUGGGUGUAGAUAUGGUAUUUUAUGCAAAGAUACUUAUUGUUAUACAAUGACAUGUUCUGCCUUUCUCCGACAGAGGGCACCCGAGUUUCCCGAUACAUCCGCGGCGCUAGUGACGCGGCGAGUUUUGUAACCCCUGUAUAUGACACUCUGAUACUCCACAAUCUACACCCAGCGAAUAAACAUUAAAUAUUAAUAUAAACAGUAGUGAAAUGGAGCCAUUAAAGAACCACCUGAUUGAUUAUUUUGUACAAAGUUUUAUUUGUUAUUCUAUAAAUAAAAUAUUUAUUUGUUAAUGACGUUCUUCAGUUUUUUUUCUAAUCCCAACAUUAUCGAAUUCUUGAAGGCUCUAUUUUACAUAGUCUCCUAGUAAAAUUUUUAAUGUACUUUUGUGUAUGGUGGGCUAUAUACGACGCACAAAUUGAAUAUUCCUUGCGUACACCUUGUAGUCAAAUUAUACUCAUGUUUUAAUUUUAAUUGGUUAUUUUUUGUCUACCUAUACAAAAUCCUACCAAUCCAAAUACUUGGUUAAAAGUGUGAAAAUUAAACAAGUAUUCCUAGUAGUCGUUACAUAACGUAUGUUAUAGUUGGGAGAUAUCAACUGUGUCUUUAUUUUUCCAGUUUCGAGGAUGCCCGAACUCUGAAUGAAUUACCUCCAUGGGAUAUCUUCUGACGUUAUUUCUUACAAAGCUAAGCUUUAACACCUUUGCAUUUAUGUGCAUUGUAAGUAGUCUUUGCUUAUUGAAACACAUGUUAAAUUGUUAGUAUGAAUGGUUGAUAGUUCCCAACUAGUUUCUUCGCCUGCGUAGUAUUAAACUCUCUGUAUCUAUAUUGCGAAUAUGCAAAGGUUUAACAUUACAUGGCGCCAUGUUAUGAAUUAAUUUUAAUGUGUAUAUGUUUGUAUGUUGAUUUGAAGUGUGUGAGGGUGUUUGUAAAAACGCAGUCAUAUAGGUAGGAAAUAUAGUUGUUUAUAAUUAAA